GUUACAUCAGUUGAGGAUACGCCACCACCCAUCAUACAAAUCGGCCCAUCAAAUCAAACAUUGCCUAAAGGCAGUGUUGCUAUGUUGCCAUGUCGAGCUUCAGGGAAUCCAACACCACGUGUAAAGUGGUACAGAGAUGGUACAACUCUGCAAAAUGGCAAUCGUUAUACAAUCGUACAGGGUGGCUCACUUAGAAUUGACGAUUUGCAAGUGAACGAUAGUGGACUUUAUACAUGCACUGCUUCUUCGGAAAGUGGCGAAACUUCUUGGUCGGCAACUUUGACGGUGGAAAAAAGCAGUUCAUCAAUACUUCAUCGUUCUGCCGAUCCAAGUACUUACCCAGCACCACCAGGAACACCAAAAGUUGUGAACGUAACACAGCGCAGCAUUUUAUUACGUUGGACCAGAAGUCAAGAGAAGCCUGCAGCAACAACUCCAAUUAUUGGAUACACCGUGGAGUACUUCAGUUCCGAUUUGCAAACUGGUUGGGUGAUUGCUGCUCACCGAGUGCCUGAUCAACAAAUUGUGAUUUCGGGUCUUAAACCAGCUACUUCUUAUGUCUUCCUGGUGCGUGCAGAGAAUUCACAUGGGUUAUCUGUACCUUCCGGUUUAUCAAACGUGAUAAAAACUUUAGGUUCAGAAAACGGAAUCGUGCCACCAAGUGAAAUAUCGGCAGCAAGAGUAGUACUCAGUGGAAAGGUCGUUGAGUUAAUUGAUGCUGCAGCAAUUAAUUCCACUGCAGUGCGCUUGGACUGGGUGAUGCACGUCAGUGUUACCGAGAAAUAUGUUGAGGGUAUUUAUGUGCGCUAUCGCGAUGUCAGUGCUAAUGCACAGCAAUACAACAUAAUGACAGUUUUAAAUCCAUCGAUUGAGUCACAUGUGGUGGCAAAUUUGAAGGAAUAUACCAAAUAUGAAUUCUUCCUGGCACCAUUCUAUCAGAAAUUAGAAGGGCAACCCAGUAAUUCGAAACUGGUGCAAACAUAUGAAGAUGUACCAUCGGCUCCGCCGGACAACAUACAAAUUGGCAUGUAUAACCUGACCGCCGGUUGGGUGCGUUGGGCCCCACCACCGCCACAACAUCAUAACGGAAAUUUGUUGGGCUAUAAAAUUGAGGUGACUGCCGGUAAUACUAAUAAGGUGCUGGCGAAUAUGACGUUGAACGCAACAACAACAUCCGUACUACUGAAUAAUCUUACAACAGGAGCAACAUACAAUGUCAGAUUGAACUCUUUUACGAAAGCUGGUGAAGGACCUUACUGUGUACCGAUUUCACUAUUUAUGGAUCCAGCACAUCUGGUACAUCCACCACGCGCUCAUCCAAGCGGCACACAUAAUGGUAUUCCUGGACACAGUGAAGGCGGUCACUUUGCUUAUCAUCCAAACGGCAUGCCAGAUGAUGCAGCCACAACAACAACACACCGGAAAUCAACAACUGUUGUACAUGAGACUUGGUUUAUGGCGCUUGUGAUAAUAAUGUUGCUUGCAAUACUAAUAUCCGCUGCAGCCGCCAUGUUAUUCUUUAAACGGCGUCACAAGUUAACCAAGGAGUUGGGACAUUUAAGCGUAGUCAGUACCAAUGAAAUAACUGCACUGAAUAUCAAUGGCAAGGACAGCCUUUGGAUUGAUAGAGGUUGGCGCACCACAGACACAGACAAGGAUUCGGGCCUUAGUGAAACUAAAUUGCUAUCGAAUGCCAACAGUCAGUCGAAUUAUACAUCUGAUGGUGGCACCGACUAUGCCGAAGUGGACACUCGCAAUAUGAGCACAUUCUACAAUUGCAGAAAGAGUCCCGAAAAUCCGACACCUUAUGCAACGACUAUGAUUAUUGGUGCCUCAUCUACCGAAACGACUUGCAUGAAAACAUCAUCCUCAAGCACUGACCAAGACUCCGGCACUCAUUCACCACAUUCGGAUGGUACAACACCACAAUGCACUGGUGGCGGUAAUGCUGUCAUUGCUGGCUUACCAGGCGGUCCAAACACAAAACACAGCUAUCAUCAAUAUCCACCAGAACAAAUAAAUUGGUCAGAAUUUUUACCUCCACCACCGGAACAUCCACCACCAGUGCCAUCUUCUUGUGGCUAUGCACCUGGCUCACCACAAUCUUCACGUAAAAGUUCAAAAAGUGGCGGUUCUGGUGUUUCAACACAUCAGAGUGCUCUGAAUUCCUCCAUACAUAGCAGUUCAUCUGGAGGUUUCUCAUCUUGGGGUGUAGCACCACAAUGUGCUUCAACUCGACAACAGGAAAACUAUUAUAAUAAUCCACUGCCUUGCGUAGGAGGCGCACAAAAUCGUUAUCAAAUCACACCAACUGGACAGCAUCCACCACCAUUGCCACCCUACUAUCCACAAGCAGUAGCAGGUACUGCACAAUUGCCACAACGGAAUAUACAUAUCCAUUAUCCACCACCUAGACAUGCUAUAAGCGAAUAUCAACCUAGUGGCACACAUAAUUCCCGUUGUUCAAAUGGCAGAGGCUGCAAUAGUUGUGAUGUAUUAACUUCUCCAAUACAACCACUGCCACCACCCGGUGAAGGCUGGUAUCAACCUUUACACAACCAAGUUCCACCAAACUCAUCUGCACAUCAAAUCUAUCAAUGUUCCUCCGAAUGUUCCGAUCACUCCAGGCACUCACACUCGCAUGGACACGGACAUAUGCAUCAUAACGGCCAUCAUGGACAUCAACAUCACCAUGGACACAGCAACACCAACACACAUGGUAACACCAACGAUACUAUGCGUUCCGAGAGUAGUCAGGAAAAUGGUAAACCCAUCACAAACUGUCGCAGUCAGAAAUCAUCUAAUAAUGGUUAUGCCGAUAUCAAUGAAACUGAACGCGAUCAAAUACUUAAGAACUCUUCCGCAUCCUACACCUACGAGGUACUCGGCGAUCAUCGUAACUGCAGUGAUUGUUGUAGUUCACGUGAAGGUGAUACAUGCUCAUGCAGUGAGGGCUCCUGUUUGUACGCUGAGGCCGGUGAGCCUGGCAUGCCAAUGAGCACCGUUGCUGCGUCUAAUAAAAUGAAUGCCCCAAACAAUUGAUAUGCAACAACUUUUGUGACGGAUGUGGUCAUGCAUUUUUAGUCGAAGAGAUUUUAGAGUGUGAGUAGCAUAAAUAUUUAUUUUUAUUAAUUAGAUUAACCAUAAGUAUUGUGUAUUGUACAUUAAACAUGUAGCAGCUCUUUCAAAAUCAUCGAAU